AUGGCGACCGCCGCGGAGCAGUGGGUACUGGUGGAGAUGGUCCAGGCGCUCUACGAGGCUCCUGCUUACCAUCUUAUUUUGGAAGGAAUUCUAAUUCUCUGGAUAAUCAGACUUCUCUUCUCUAAAACUUACAAGUUACAAGAACGAUCUGAUCUUACAGUCAAGGAAAAGGAGGAGCUGAUUGAAGAGUGGCAGCCGGAACCUCUUGUCCCUCCCGUCUCCGGAGACCAUCCUGCUCUCAACUACAACGUCGUUUCAGGCCCUCCGAGCCACAACAUUGUGGUGAAUGGAAAAAAAUGUGUAAACUUCGCCUCGUUUAAUUUUCUUGGAUUACUGGAUGACCCUCGGGUCAAGGCAGCGGCUUUGGUGUCCUUGAGGAAGUACGGCGUGGGGACCUGCGGGCCUAGAGGGUUUUACGGCACAUUCGAUGUGCACUUGGACCUGGAAGACCGCCUGGCAAAGUUUAUGCAGACGGAAGAAGCCAUUAUCUACUCGUACGGAUUUGCCACCAUCGCCAGCGCUAUUCCUGCGUACUCCAAGAGAGGGGACAUUGUGUUUGUGGACAGAGCCGCGUGCUUUGCUAUUCAGAAAGGAUUACAGGCGUCACGUAGUGACAUUCAGUUAUUUAAGCAUAACGACAUGGCCGACCUGGAGCGACUACUGAAAGAACAAGAGAUCGAAGAUCAAAAGAAUCCUCGCAAGGCUCGGGUCACACGACGUUUCAUCGUGGUGGAGGGGCUGUACAUGAACACGGGAACUAUUUGUCCUCUCCCGGAGCUGGUGAAGUUAAAGUACAAAUACAAAGCAAGAAUCUUUCUGGAGGAAAGCCUUUCGUUUGGAGUCCUGGGAGAACAUGGUCGAGGAGUCACUGAACAUUUUGGAAUCAGCAUUGAUGAUAUCGACCUUAUCAGCGCCAACAUGGAGAAUUCUCUCGCUUCUAUUGGAGGUUUCUGCUGUGGCAGAUCUUUUGUAAUUGACCAUCAGCGACUCUCCGGCCAGGGGUACUGCUUUUCAGCCUCGCUGCCCCCGUUGUUGGCUGCCGCUGCGAUCGAGGCUCUCAACAUCAUGGAGGAGAACCCAGGUAUUUUUUCAGUGUUGAGGGAAAAAUGCAAACGAAUCCAUAAAGCUCUACAAGGCAUUUCUGGGCUAAAAGUGGUGGGGGAGUCAUUUUCUCCCGCAUUUCACCUGCAGCUACAAGAGAGCACUGGGUCUCGAGAAGAAGAUGUUAAACUUCUUCAGGAGAUUGUGAAUCACUGCAUGGACAGGAGCAUCGCGUUAACUCAGGCACGCUACCUGGAGAAAGAGGAGAAGUGCCUCCCUCCGCCGAGCAUCAGGGUCGUGGUCACAGUGGAACAGACAGACGAAGAACUGGAGAGAGCCGCACGCACAAUCAAGGAGGUGGCCCAGGCCGUGCUGCUGUAG